AUGCCAAUCUUGCUGCUUCCACCAUACUUGUACGAAGCCAUGAACAGAAAAAAUAUCAUGCCCAAAGCGAAGUACCCAAAGCUCGCUACGGAACUCGUUAUCUUAACGCUCUGUUUAUGGGGUGCAAUGCCAAGCGCUGUUGCACUUUUCCCCCAAAUGGGGACGAUUUCGGCCGACAAUGUAGAAGAGGAAUUUCGUUCUCGAGUGGAUUGCCAUGGCCAGCCCAUUCGCCACUUUCUCUACAACAAAGGGAUUUGA